AUGUCCGCCGAUGCCGUCGCCUCCAUAGCCCUCCCCCCAAACGCAGCAGCUCCCUCCCCUGCGAAUCUGAAGUCCAUUUCGUGGUCGCACACAAUCGCGGCUAGCUUCCAGCCAUGGAUAAGCCUCACUCGUGUAAAAUUUUACUCAGGAGCGAUGCUGGUGUUCUGGCCAUAUGCUUGGUCACUGACCAUGACUGCACGCACGGCUCAACUGCCGGUGGAUCGAUUCUUUUACUUGCUCAUAUGUGGCUACAUUGGCGCCGCCUUGUCGCAUAGUGCUGGUUGUGUGUGGAAUGAUAUCCUCGACCGGGACUUCGAUCGUCAAGUCGAGCGCACAAAAAAGCGGCCGAUUGCGUCCGGUAAAAUUAGCGUUCGCGCUGCAGUCAUAUUCCUUUGGAGCCAUCUGGCUAUCAUGUUGUGGAUGGUGCGGGACGUCAACGAGCUUGCCUGGCGGAUCGCGCUAACGACUAUGUUUCCCUUGGCCGGAUUUUAUCCGCUUAUGAAGCGCAUCACAUACUGGCCACAAGCAUGGCUCGGAAUCUCCAUGAAUGCAGGUGUUCUCAUGGCUUGGGCAUUCAUCACGGGUAACAUACCCACAAGUGCAUUCGUUCUCAUGGGCGGAACAUGGGCGUGGACGAUCUGGUACGACACUAUCUACGCAUGCCAGGACAAAAAAGACGACGUCAAGGCCGGGGUUAAGUCGACUGCUCUACUCUUCGGCAAUUCGAUCAAGCUUGUUCUCGCAUUUUUUGCUUCCAUCAUGCUCAGUGCCAUCGCGAUCGCUGGCCUGCUCAACCACCAGGCCCUCCCGUUCUUUUCCAUAAGCGUCGGGGCUGCCGCUCUGCAUCUUGCCGCUCAAUUAUACAAAUUGGACCCUAACUCCCCCGCCAGUUGCAUCGCUGCGUUUCACCAGAACGGCAUCAACCUUGGGGGCCUCAUCUGGGCUGGGUUCCUCGUUGACUACAUCUGGUCCGAGAAACAUGCUCAAAUCCUCGAUUUGGGCCGUCAAUUCUUCCCAUAA